AUUCGCCUUGUACACUUUAAUCACCAGGGGGGCCCACUCACAUGACAUGGUACAAUACUGUCACCACAGCCAAUCUGUCCCUCCUUUACUUAUAAGCUGAGACCGGGGUCGUGAAACAUCCCUUUCAUGGACGCUCCCUGCAGAAAUCCUCACGUCAAUCAACCCCCAAACCCUAACCCUAAUAACCCUCCAAUGACGCAUUUAAUUCCAGUCAUGGUGGCUCAGAGAGCAUGGGCAGUAGACGGUCUGAGGCUCAGCAUGCGGCCCCACAGUGUAGGCCUUUAACAGCUUCAGAGGAAGACGCUGGGUGGUGUCUGCCCUGCAGCCAAGUCAAGCACUAAUGUCAUAGUAUUGCAAUAAGAACAAUAUGAAGGAACACCGGUAAGGGCUUGUCAAACUCAAUGGCUGGGUGGAGUUAGGUGUCAUCUAGGCAGAAAGAUCCAACAUGUCUGGAAAAGUAGAUCCUAUCCUGCUGAAUCAUUGUACAGAAAGCAGUUAAAAUUGUCGCCAAAUCAGGGCUAUUGCUCUAAUUGCUCUGAUUAAGUUAUAUUGUUUUAUAAUUCAAACAACAAUCUAACUUGUUGAGUGCCCCAGAAACCAACCAAUAGGAUGAGAGAAGGUGCAUCUAAUCCGUUGUUUUGAUAACCCGAGCCGAAUGCUGAGGCCUACAGUUUCGGCCAAUAUCUUGACUCCACAUCUCCAGCAGUGACGGUGAGGGCCGUGAGAGCUCGGCACACCGCCGCCUCUCACACGCAGCGGCCUGCAACACGAAACGGUCGUUCCACACCUCACUCGGAGCUCCCUGUGAAUCGCUAUGGACUUCCGAUGGCCAAAUUAGGAGUUAGCAAGGUGAAGAGAACGCCGCAAUACAAAGAAAAACAUCACGUCUAGAGGGAACGUGAUUCCUUGGCAACGUCUGUCAAGACGCCGCCCCCCUCUCCCCCCCCCAAAAAGAACCUAACACACCGAGGGGUUCCCAGCAGCGAUGAAGAUCCGUGUGGUCCAGAUCUGGGGGUUUCUGAUGACGGUGCUGGGCUGGAUCUUCGUGGCCUGCACCAUAGCCAUGGAGGGCUGGAAGAUCACCUCCAUUGGUGGGAUGGGGGGCUCGUCAAUCAUCAAGAUAGCCUGGUUCUGGUCCAGCCUUUGGCGGGCUUGCUUUACCGACUCCACGGCCGUCACCAACUGCUACGACUUCCCCGUGCUCUGGUCCGUGGAUGGCCACAUCCAGAUAGUGCGUGGGCUGCUAAUGGGGUCGCUGGCGGUGGGCGCGCUGGGCUUCGUGCUCAGCAUGAUGGGCAUGGAGUGCACCUUCCUGGGUGGGAAGGAGAAGCCCAAACACAGGAAGGUCUACGCAGGGGGAUGCUUCCACAUACUCAGCGGUAUCCUGUCAACGUGCGGGUAUGUGGUCUAUGCCCAGUAUGUCUCUGGAGAAUACUUCAACCCCCAUUUUGAAGGACUGAAGUUUGACCUGGGGACCCCUCUCUUCCUGGGCUGGGUGGGCUCUGCGUUUCACAUUACUGGCGGAUGUUUUUACCUUUGGGCCUCAUGCAAGCCGCUGUGUGGAGGAAAAGUGACGACUAUCGUGAUUCCCGCCGUUCCUGAGCUUCCUGAGACGACAACGGCCUUGUCCACCGUGUCUGAGAUCCCAUCCAAGAGCAAGGUCUCCACCUCCUCCACCUCCUCCUCCUCUUCCUCCACUGCUCGUUCCGAUGUGUCCGGGAUCUCGUCAAGGGCCGAGCGUUCCUCCGGGUCUUCCAGGUCUUCCAGGUCAUCCGGGUCUUCCAGGUCGGCGGGGCGGCCCUCUCGGUCCCGGGCCACCAGGUCAUCAGCCUCGGAGUCGGGCCGCUCGUCGAGGUCCAGCCGGUCGUCUCGCUCCAGCGGGGCUGGGGGUGCUGGGACAGUAUCGUCUCGGUCCGCUGGGUCCAGGAGUGACCGCAUACCCUUCUUGAAUACCAACUACGUUUGAAAUGUCUUUAAAGGUGACAUAUCAUACCAACAGGUGUGUGUGUGAUCAACCGUUACAAGCUGAUUUGAAAAUCUGCCUCUUCUGACAUCAGAGGAGGGCGUGUCCCCCUAGAUGUGUGACAGAUAGAUGAGCAACGUUUGCUGCAGUCCGCUGGGUAGGCUGGUAGACUGAUCUAUCCAGCACACAUCUAGGUGGACACGCCCACUGGUGAUGUCAGAAGAGGCCGAUUUUCAAAAAUGCUUGUAACGGCUAAUCACACUCACACCUGGUAUGAUAUGUCACCUUUAAGUACAAUAGUGUGCAAUUACAUUACAGGUUCUCUCCAGAUACGAAUGUGGGUUUUUGUCGACCGUGAAUCUGAAUGGAUGUAUGCAUAUUGUUUUUGCAUGAUCAAUUAGUUUGGCAAUUGGGUUUAUUGGUUUUCUAUUCAUAAUUUCUGUUCAUUCCGUCCUGGGGAUAGUGAAUAGGGCUUGUCUGGUCAUCUUCACUGUAUUUUUUAUCAAUUCCUCAAACACUCCUUUAAUCUGAUCUCCUCCUGUUGUCCUUCAACCCCUGCUCAUCAGUGGGAAACCAAAGAAAAUAUAUCUAUAUAGCCACUAAAUAAUUUAUUGUUACAGAUACCACCAAAAUGUAGAUAUAUUUUUGAUUUUUAUAUAUUUUUGGCCCAUUGACACAUAAGGAACUGGUUCAGGGAUAGACAUGUGUAUAUAGGUAGGAGUGUCACAGCACUAUUACAUUUACGUUAGCGUUUAUAUAAAUAACACCGUACUGUGUUACUAGGAUUACGAUCCAAAAUGUCAGCCGCUCUGGAGCCACGUGGAAAGAUUUCUCCAGUACGUAAUGAGGAUAUUAUUUGACACAACAGCCUAAUGCUUGAAUUGUUUCAAUAAAGACGAUAUCAAUGCUAGGAAGCUAUUGGGAAACCUUUACUGUACUUUCUACCAAAGAUUCAAAGUUAUGCUAUAUAUUGGUUUGCCAAUGAUGUACAUAAAUAAAACAGAAUAAAUACC